UUCGUCCAUUCGGAUGGCUCUCUCGAUCUGAUGCGAUCGCGACCAGAAGACGAACAAAAAUCGGUGGGAGGAGGAGGAGGAGGAACGGGGGAGAUGGCGGUGCAGUGGGUGCUAGUGGUACACGUGGUGGUGACGAUGCUGGUGGUGGUGUCCCUCCUCUGCGGCCACUGGCCCAUCUUCAGCGGCACCUUCGUCGAGAAAAUCCACUACUUCCUCACCUUCGGCGCCUACGAUUACUUCCUACGAUUUGUUGUAGCGGUAUUUGGCUCUAGCGGCAGAAAUUGCUUUGUCACAGUUGAGCAUUAUUGUUGUGAACGGCCAAAUCCAAUCUUACAGAUAUUGUAUCUGGUCAUCCUUGGUGUGACAUACUAUAUCAUUGGAAAGUCGUCCUUCAGAUACAUUCCUGGUUAUUAUGUCAGUGAACUUCACUGGUACACAAGCAUGAUAGCUGUAGGUGUGGGUGUUCUCCUUUUUCUAUUGACUAGCUUUUCGGAUCCUGGAAUUGUGACAGCUGAGAAUGUCUCCAAAUACAUCUCUGCCUUUCCUUAUGAUGAGAUCAUAUAUGUGGAGAAAGAAUGUUCAACUUGCAAGAUCCUAAAACCUGCUAGAUCUAAACAUUGUGGUAUAUGUAAUAGAUGUGUUGCCCGAUUCGACCACCAUUGCGGUUGGAUGAAUAAUUGCAUUGGUGAGAAAAACACACGCUACUUCAUGGCCUUUCUUCUCUGGCACUUUCUUAUUUGUCUGUACGGAGCAGUUCUUCUUGGAUUAAUACUUGCUGGCCAGUUGAAAGAGCACAAUAUAAUAUACAUUCUAACUGUUUAUUAUGGCGUUGAGCAUUCCUUUUCCAGACUAUCUCCACAUGUAGUACAGUGGCUGCUGGGUUCUUAUAACACACAAAUACUUCUAAUAAUGUUUCUGGCUAUAAUUUCAUUGUUGCUGGCUGGGUUUUUUGGAUACCAUGCACAUCUCUGCCUGACGAAUACUACUACAAAUGAGACUUUUAAGUGGCAAGACUACAUAAGCUGGAAGAGGAAACUGAAUGAAGCCAAGGCAAGUGCUGCAGCACUGAAGGCCAGCAUACAGACAAUCACUGGAGAAGCAAAACCUCCUGAAAGCAAAUGGAGGGCUUUUUUCCGCAAGUCUCCACUGCAGACUGAAGAAGUGAUUGUUAAGAAUAACUUGUAUGAUCGGGGAAUAAUCAGUAAUGUCUGUGAGAUCAUUUUCCCUCCAUCUGCCAGGAAGUCAUUUUCUCAUAGGAAAUCAGAAUAAGAGUGUUGUUGUAGAUUCUUUUUCUUAUAUGAUAGAUAAAGUUAUCACCUAAUGUAAAUUUCUCUCUUUAUUGUCUCAACAUUCCCUUGAGGCCAGUCAUAUACUACAGAGAUUGUAGCUUGUUGGCAAUUGAAACAGUGUCUCAACAUAUUGACAAAAUUGAUAUGCUAUCUUGUUAAGAAGUUGGAAUACAGUUUGCCA